CACAGAUCACGUGGCAAAACGAAUCAAGCUCCGGUACAGCGCUUCACUGUGAGAUGUUUCGUUUUUUUGGUUACAAAGCUUCAUGGCCUCGGUAUUGAACAUCGCAUCACUAAGUGUGAAUGAAUCUAAAGUGUAGCCUUUAGCAGACGAGAAGCCUGAGACAUCUUCCACAAAAUAUCCUCUUCAAGAGGGGCAUCGGAUGGAUUAUUUAAACCUUAAUGCUUAAACCAAAUAGAAAUUCCCCUGAGAGUUCCCUGUUCCCAUCUAAAAAGACGCCAAACUAAAGAAUUAAAAGAUUAUUUUUGCUUUUGCAUUAUUUGCAAUUUGAUUAAGCAAAUUAUUAUUUUUUGUUUUAAACAAUUUGUAUUAUUUUAUAUUCCACCAGUAAUUAUUUAAACAUGGCAGCAUCAAUGGAGGUAGCAGACAUUACAGUUGUUGCACUUUAUUUUGUCCUGGUGCUUGGCAUUGGAUUUUUUGCUAUGUGGAAGGCCAACCACAGCAGUGUAAGUGGUUACUUCCUGGCUGGUCGAACUAUGAACUGGGUGGUGAUUGGAGCAUCACUGUUCGUCAGCAACAUUGGCAGUGAACACUUUAUUGGCCUAGCUGGCUCGGGGGCAGCAAGUGGUUUUGCUGUAGGCGCCUGGGAGUUCAACGCCCUCCUUCUCCUUCAGCUUCUGGGCUGGGUGUUCAUUCCAGUUUAUAUCCACUGUGGGGUUUACACAAUGCCAGAAUACCUCUCAAAGCGCUAUGGUGGAAAACGGCUAAAGAUUUACUUUGCUGGACUUUCCCUUUUGCUGUACAUCUUCACCAAACUGUCAGUGGACUUGUAUGCAGGAGCUCUUUUCAUCCAGGAGUCUUUAGGCUGGAAUCUGUAUCUGUCAAUCAUCCUGCUCAUUGCAAUGACGGCACUGCUGACAGUGACAGGUGGCCUGGUUGCUGUGAUCUACACUGACACUAUUCAGGCCAUACUUAUGAUCAGCGGAGCUUUGAGCCUUACAGCCAUCAGCUUGAUCAAGGUGGGCGGACUAGAUGGUGUUAGGGAGAAAUACAUGGAGGCUGUUCCAAAUGUCACUGCCAUUCUUGCCAGGCACAACUAUAGUUUUGAGUACACCAAUUCCUGUCGCAUCCACCCAAAGCCAAAUUCCCUCAAGCUCCUACGAGGGCCCCUUGAUGAGGACAUCCCCUGGCCUGGGUUCCUUUUAGGCCAGACUCCAGCAUCCAUCUGGUACUGGUGUGCUGACCAGGUCAUAGUACAAAGGGUACUUGCAGCCAAAAACAUUGCCCAUGCAAAGGGCUCAACCCUAAUGGCAGGCAUACUGAAAAUUCUUCCUAUGUUCAUCAUCGUUAUUCCAGGAAUGAUCUCCAGAAUAAUGUUUGCAGAUGAGCUGGCAUGUAUUGGGCCUGAGCACUGCAUGGCAGUGUGCCACAGCCAGGCUGGCUGCUCUAACAUUGCCUACCCUCGACUGGUCAUGAGCGUUAUGCCAGUGGGCCUGCGUGGACUGAUGAUGGCUGUUAUGAUUGCUGCCCUCAUGAGUGACUUGGACUCUAUCUUCAACAGUGCCAGCACCAUCUUCACCCUGGACAUCUACAAGUUGGUGCGCAAGUGUGCCUCUUCCCGAGAGCUGGUUGUCGUGGGCCGGGUGUUUGUGAUCGUCAUGGUAGGCAUCAGCAUUGCCUGGGUGCCAGUUAUCAUUGAGAUGCAAGGUGGACAAAUGUACUUGUACAUCCAAGAAAUGGCAGGAUAUCUUACACCACCCAUUGCUGCUCUCUUUCUGCUUGGCGUCUUCUGGAAGCGUUGUAACGAGACAGGUGCCUUCUGGGGUAGCAUGACUGGCUUUGUUCUGGGUACCACACGUCUUAUCCUUGGUUUUGUAUAUCGUGAACCCCGCUGUGAUCAGCCAGAUGAGCGACCCGCCUUCAUCACACAUGUCCACUAUAUGUACAUAGCUGCUGGACUCUUCUGGAUCUCAGGCCUGGUAGCUGUGGUCGUUAGUCUUUGUACUCCUCCUCCAACCAAGGACAAGAUUGAGCGCACCACCAUGUGGGGACUGCGCAAUAUGGAAAAGUUGCCUCUGGCUGAUCGGAAAGAGAUCUACAAGCUGGCCAAUAAGAGUUCUGCCUACUGCAAUGGCAAUGGCAUCUGCCAAAAAGAACUGCCUCUAGAUGUACACAAAGAACAAUGUCUUGAUGGAGCUGAUAUUAAACUCCUUAUGCCUUGCCCUAGUGACCAGGAUCCUACAACACCCAGCACAGAGGCAUCGACCCCAGUGGGGACAUACAGUAAUGGCCACGCAGAGCUAGUAGAGCAAAAGACUGAAGGCAAGAGCAAGUUAGGGGCUUUCUUGUGUUUAUUUGAUUGGCUUUUUAAACACAAAGAAGAGACAGCGGCAUCAACAACAAAAGUCAAUGAAGAAGAUGAACGUGUCAUUCAGGGGAUGCUUUAUGAGCCCCCUAAAAUCAAGCUUUUGUUAAACUUUUGGUUAGUAAUAGUCUGUUCUGUGGGUGUCAUCAUGUUUGUCUAUUUCUCCCUGUAAUAUGUUGAUUUUCUCACUGUUCACGUGUAUGAUUUAUUUAUUACUAUAAAAGCUGUGUGGAUUCUCUAAAAAUAUAUGAUUUUCUUUGUAGCUUUUAUAAGAGGGGCUUUCUGGAUAUUCUGAAAAAGAUUUUCUUCAAAUCAAAUCACCAAUUAUGUGAAUAUAUUACAACCAAAAGCACUACUGAUACAGUGGACCAUCAAAUAUUAAGAUGUAAUAACAGUAAAAUCUAUGAAUUCUGCCUUAUCUUUCCAUAACGAUGUGUAAUAUUAUCCAAAACUCAACAGAAGUAGUAAAUUUGCCACUUACAUUGUCCAAUUAGUUCAAGUGCCGAAACGUUAGUAAAUAUUACAAAAUUAAAGACAGUUUCUUUCUAGAACUAGGCCUUUUAGGAGCAAAAAAGGAAACACAUGUUUUAUGUAGAAUUACUUUGCUUUUCAGUGCUGUUGUAAGUGUUGUGAAAUUUGCCUAAACAUAACUAUCUUUCUAUGUGCUAGUGAGUAUUCAGUCACUGUACGUCUAGUGGGCUCUUAAAUCAUCAACCUCUAGGAGCAAUGUUUAGUGCACAUAUGUACACAAAUGUAUUAUUCACCACCAAAAUGCCUUCUUUUCAAGUAGAAAUCCCCAAUUUGGGGAUUGGAUGAAAUACUGGUGAUUAAUGUCUUUCACCACUGAAAAAUAACCAUACAAGCACAGCCUGUUUUGCUGGGGAUGUCACAUGAUUGACCACCACAGGAAAACACCAGCUAGAAACAUCUGCUUAAAUCAUAGUGAAGUUUCAAUCUAAGUAUAUGUAAAAGCAUAUCACCUAUCCCAUGUCAGGUCCACUAAGCUUGGGAUGUCCAAUUUUGAUUGCUGUGCAAAAUAUUUAGUUCUUCUAGAAGAAGAAUUCCAUUUUGUGGUUGUUGUGAGAACAGGCAUUGUCUUUUAUACUGAUUUUAAAUACACUGUUUAGUAAAAGAAGAAAUUAGUGGUUGUUUGUAGUUAAAUAUGAAGGUUAAUUACCAAGCUGACUGUUUUGAAGUAAGGAAUUGGCAUUAUAUCGCUGGCUACAUCUUUGCUGAUAUUUUGCUCUUCAGAUUGUGUUGAAUCAAGUUUCAAAUCCUGGAAGGAUAGUUGGAAUAUUAUUGUGUAAAUGAUAAACACCAUGUCAUGUUGAUGUUAAGAACGAGUAGGUCUAGUUUGCUUACAAAUGGUGUUGUGUGGCCUUCUUUUGGUAUUUUCCCCUCAGUUAAUGAAUUAAAUGUAAAAGGUCUGCUAUGUUAGCUGGCACUGAUACAUGUCUGGAAACAAGCACAACUGCUUUUGUGUUUUGUGGUCCAUCAGAAAUAAGUAAUGUGAAUGAAGGAUUAAAUAAAAAUCUUUGGAUUUUUCUUCUUGUGUUUUUAUUUUGCAGGGAAUUGAUCGAUAAACUGGGCAGUUACAUGUUCAAAAAUGAACCGUUUAAGCUACCCUUACUUCUUUUAUUAGCUAGUCUGGUCAUUUCAUUAUUUUCAAUUCAUUUAAGUGAUCUAUGGCCCAGAGUCAGACAAUGGCUUCUUCACUUGAUCUGUUUUAAUAAGUCUGUCAAUCACAAAACAAACAAGCAAAAAAAAUGCUGCAAUAGCAAAUACACUUACAAUGACCCAUUUAUUGAUUUGGUUAAAACUGGCAUUAAAUUGCAAUUGUAAUUUCAUAGCAUUGUGAAAUAAAUCUGCAAAUCCUUUUCUGAAUCCUUAUAUUUAUCUUUUGUAUUCUAUGGAGCUGAGCUGAGCUCUAUAGAAUACAAUAUAUAUAUAUUUGUAUGUGUGUGUGUGUGUGUGUGUGUAAUAUAUUUUAGCAAGUACUAUGUAGUACUUUUUCCCCCAUAAUUGUUUUUACACACAUACAGUUGUGGAUAUUCUCCUGAAUAUGAAAUGGUUUUCCAUUAUAUUCCAAUGUAGAGUUUCAAUAACUGUUCAUGUAUCAUCAAAGAUAUUUUGGGUAUUAUUAAAAAUGCCUUUUCAGUUUGCAGAAUGAAAAAAUCUUAAAACAAUUAGAGGCUCAGUCUGUCUUAAGUGUCAGAUUUUGUCAUACUGGCAUGUUUCAGAGAUGGAAAAUGCUAUGAAAUGUCCAUGAUUACAUUGGGUUCAGUGUUCAGCAUUAUAUUGAACUGAGAUGCCGUUUUGAUUUGGUUGGACAUUUGAACGUGUUCAGGCCUGACAAGGUUCAAAAUUGCGGAAAGGCAUUUGUAAAGUGCACAGCCAUUUCCCAUGUAGGAAAACUGCACAUCAUUGAACGUCAUUGUUCUGUUUCUGUAUAUAUCAGAAAUCGUUUGGUUCUUGGCAUUAUCUGUCCUAGUCAUUUUUUUUCAUUUUCUCAGUGCCACCCCAAAAUUCAGCAAUGUCAAUUGUUUUUUGGUUCGUGUGACCUCAGUGAAUAUCUCCUUACCGAAUGUGUCUUACUUUAAAUUUAUUCAUCCUAAAACUGUGAUGAACAUGCAUACCAUACAUAGCUUUUCCAGAAUGAUCAGGCUGAACAGACAUUCUGAUUUUAUUUCUAUAGACCUUCAUGCUUUGCCGCAACUUGCAGUCAGAGAAAGUGUUGGAUGUAUACAUAGCUUGAAUUAGCUUGAUAUCUUAUUCACUUCUCAGCUUAGUUGUAAAUGAACAGAUUUAACAUUUUGCU